UGGGCAGGAGCCAGAAGAUUUGUAGCUACAAUGACUUCAGCAGUACUGGUGGACAUCCAAGAGGAGGUGACCUGCCCCAUCUGCCUGGAGCUCCUGACAGAACCCCUGAGCAUAGACUGUGGCCACAGCUUCUGCCAAGCCUGCAUCGCAGAGGACAGAGAGGAAUCUAUGAUCAACCAAGAAUGGGAGAGUUGCUGUCCUGUGUGCCAGAUCAGCUACCAGCCUGGAAGCUUGCGGCCCAAUCGGCACUUAGCCAGUAUAGUGGGGAGGGUCAGGAACGUGGUGUUGGGCCCAGGGAAGGAGCUGAAGGUGACUCUUUGUGCACACCAUGGAGAGAAACUCCAGCUCUUCUGUAAGGACGAUGGGAAGCUCAUUUGCUGGCUUUGUGAGCGUUCUCAGGAGCACCGUGGUCACCACACAUUCCUCAUGGAGGAGGUCGCCCAGGAGUACCAGGAGAUGUUCCAGGAGUCUCUGAAGAAGUUAAGGAAAGAACAGCAGGAAGCUGAGAAGCUGAAAGCUGUUAUCAAAGAGAAGAGGGCAUCCUGGAAGAAUCAAAUGGAACCUGAGAGACACCGGAUCCAGACAGAGUUUAAUCAGCUACGAAGAAUCUUGGACAAAGAGGAGCAGCGGGAGCUUAAAAAGUUGGAAGAGGAAGAGAGGAAGGGACUGAGUGUGAUAGCAGAGGCUGAGGGUCAGCUGGUCCAGCAGAGCCAGUCUCUGAGAGAGCUUAUCUUGGAUCUGGAGCGCCGAUGUCAGGGGUCAACCGUGGACCUGUUGCAGGAUGUGAGUGAUGUCACGAAAAGGAGUGAGUUCUGCACCCUGAGGAAGCCCCAAGCUCUCCCCACCAAGCUGAGAAGUAUGUUUCGAGCCCCAAAUCUGAAAAAGAUGCUGCGAGUGUUUAGAGAGCUGACAGAUGUCCAGAGCUACUGGGUGGACGUGACCCUGGAUCCGCACACAGCUAAUUUAAAUCUCAUCCUGUCUAAAAACAGGAGACAGAUGAGGUUUGUGGGCAGCACACUGUCUGGGCCUUCGUGUCUGGAAGAACAGUAUGACUAUAGCGUCCUGGGCUCCCAGCACUUCUCCUCAGGAAAAUAUUACUGGGAGGUGGAUGUGACCAAGAAGACUGCCUGGAUCCUGGGGGUGUGCAGUCACUCAGUGGGACCUGCAUGCUCUUUCCACCCAGCCAUGAGCCAGCACCGUGCCUACUCCAGAUACCAACCUCAGAAUGGAUACUGGGUGAUUGGGUUACAGCAUAAGCGUGAAUACAGAGCCUACGAAGAUUCGUCUCCCUCCCUGCUCCUCUCCAUCACUGUGCCCCCUCGCCGUAUUGGGGUUUUCUUAGACUAUGAGGCUGGCACUGUCUCAUUUUAUAAUGUCACGAACCAUGGCUUCCCCAUCUACACCUUCUCUAAAUACUACUUUCCCACCAGCGUUUGUCCAUAUUUUAAUCCUUGCAACUGUGUAGUCCCAAUGACCUUGCGGCGCCCAAACUCUUAA